AUGUGCCAAUCGUCAUAUAAUGAAUCUCUUAUCAUAGAAUUAGAUUCUGUUUUAACUCAAUUUAAUCGUUACGUAUUAAUAAUAAUUCUUCUGUUUGGUAUUGUGGGAAACAUUCUCAAUAUCAUUGUUCUGUCACAACGUUCACUUCGUGCUAAUCCAUGUGCUUGGAUUUUUCUGGUUGCAUCAAUCGUUAAUCUGAUCUCUAUUCUAACUGGUCUUAUUACACGAAUGCUAAGUGAUUGGGUGGCUGACCCAACCACCUAUAUUCGCUGGGUUUGUAGACUUCGUGCUUAUGCCGUAUCCAGCACAAGAACAAUGGCUCCAUGGUUGAUUGCAUUAGCUACAAUAGAUCUAUGA